CGUGCCGACGUAAACACGCGCGGGUGCCGUGGUUACGGGUUCCUCUCACAUUUUCCUCCACCCCGCAAUCCCUGACAACAGCAGCGAUGGCGGAAUCCCUUCCAGAGGCAGCAGCAUCCACCCCGGCGCCUUCUCCGGCCCCCAGCCCGGGCUCUGAACCCCCGUCCUCUUCGCUUCCCCCCUCCCUGUCCCCGCUUACCCCGUCUGGGGCCGGUUCUCAGCGCCUGCUCUUCUCACACGACCUGGUCUCCGGGCGGUACCGCGGGUCGGUCCGGUUCGGCCUGGUGAGAUUGAUCCAUGGCGAGGAGGAUUCGGACACAGAUUCGGACUCAGACACCGGCGGUGGAGGCGGAGGAGGAGGAGGAGGAGGAGGAGGAGGAGGAGGCGGCGGCGGCGGCGGCGGCGGCGGCGGUAGCUCAGACACAGAGAGCGGCCGGGCGGACUCUCGGGCUCGGCUUCUUGGAAGAGGUUACGUGAGGGUGCAGUGGUACCCGGAGGGAGGCAAACAGGACGUCCAGGAAACCAAGCUAAAAUUAGAAGAUCGCUCAGUUGUGCCUCGAGACAUGGUGCGACGCAUGGGCCCCAGCGAAAGCCAAUGUGGAACGGUAGUGGACAUCAACAUUAAAUGUGCCGUGAAGCUCGUGGGGACUAACUGUGUUCUGUACCCAGUGAACAGCAGAGAUCUGCAGCACAUCUGGCCAUUCAUGUAUGGUGACUACAUAGCCUACGAUUCGUGGCUCGGAAAAGUAUAUGACUUGAAGAAUCAUAUUAUUCUGAAGCUAUCAAAUGGAGCCAGGUGCUCAAUGAACACAGAAGACGGGUCGAAACUCUAUGAUGUCUGUCCCCACGUCAGUGACUCGGGUCUUUUCUUCGACGACUCGUAUGGGUUUUAUCCUGGCCAGGUGCUGAUCGGCCCCUCCAAGGUGUUCUCCAGCGUGCAGUGGCUGUCCGGCGUCAAGCCAGUCCUCAGUAAGAAGAGCAAGUUCAGGGUGGUGGUUGAGGAGGUGCAGGUGGUGGAGCUGAAGGUCACAUGGAUUACAAAGAGUUUCUGUCCAGGGGGAGCUGAGAGCGUGUUUCCUCCAGCCUCAGUCAUCACCCAGGAAAACCUGUCCAGGGUAAAGCAUUUGGGCUACUAUGACCAUGCUCAGUGGCUGCUGGGAGAGAGAUGCCUGUACGUCUUCCCAGCUAAAGGAGAUGUGACCCAGGUAACCUGUGAAGGGCCGGAGGGGACUACUAUCUUACCGGACGGCUCGGUGGCCAAAAAGGUAAAGAGACUGCUGAAGAAAGAGAUUGGGAAGAAGACUACAAGCAUGGCGGACAGUCGGGCCUCAGGGGGCCAGCCUGCAGAAGAUACGGAAAGCCCAGAGAAACCUGAAGAAGGGGAUGGGAAGCUCGGAGAUGAUCAGGUGAACGGAGUGACCCAGCCGGGCUGCACCAACAACGGGCCGGUGCCGGGGGAGUUGAGGCAGGCUGCCCCGGACCUGUGGGUCCAGUCGGUGGAGCAGGACGCGGAUGAUGAGGGCGCGGAGGACACAGAUGACACGAGCUCGGUCACCUCAUCCGCGAGCUCCACGGCUUCCUCCCAGAGCGGCCGCAGGAAGAGCAUCCCCCUCUCCAUCCGCAACCUCAAGAGGAAACACAAGAAGAAGAACAAGAAGAUUUCCCGCGAUCUGAAACCGGGGGACAGGGUCGCAGUGGAGGUCGUUUCAACAGAGACAUCCGCAGAUGUGAUGUGGCAGGACGGAACGCUGGAGACAGAUAUCAGAUCCAACGAGCUGUUACCCAUCCAUCAUCUGGACAACAACGAGUUCUGCCCGGGGGAUUUUGUUGUUGAUAAGCGCUCUCAAGCACCUCAAGACCCAGGCAUGUAUGGGGUGAUCCAGUCUGGUGAUCACAAAGGUCGAACCUGCUCUGUGAAGUGGGUUAAACUGAAGCCAAGCGGUGAUGAUGUUGAGGUAAUCGGAGAAGAGGAGGAUGUCAGUGUGUAUGACAUUGCAGACCACCCUGAUUUUCAUUUCCGAACCACUGACAUUGUCAUCAGGAUAGGGAAUGCAGAGGAGGCUCUGGCUGCUGACCGGGAGAAUGAGCCCUCGGUGGGACAGGUGGCACGCGUCGAUGUCAGCAGCAAAGUAGAGGUGGUGUGGGCAGAUAAUUCCAGGACCAUUGUACUGCCGCAGCACCUGUACAACGUGGAGUCUGAGAUCGAAGAAUCGGACUACGACUCUGUGGAAGGAAGCAGCAGUGGAGCCUCUUCGGAGGAGUGGGAGGAUGAGAGCGACAGCUGGGAGACUGACAACGGGGUGACCGAGGAGGACCACCCAGGUGAGUCCGCCCCGGCCCCCACUCCCACCGCACCCCCCGAGGAGGAGCUGCAGGGUGCUGUGGGAGCGGCCGCGGCUGCCAUUGCAGGGAAGCUGCCCAAAGAGGGCACCCCCAGGGUCUUUAAGGAGCUGAAGGAGGCCAUCAAGAUCCUGGAGAGCUUGAAGAACAUGACGGUGGAGCAGCUGCUGACCGGCUCGCCCACCUCCCCCACCGUGGAGCCCGAGAAGCAGACCAAGGAGAAGAGGUUCCUGGACGACAUCAAGAAACUGCAGGAGAACCUGAAGAAGACACUGGACAACGUGGCCAUUGUGGAGGAGGAGAAAAUGGAGGCCGUGGCCGAGAUGGAGGAAAAGGAGGAGAAGAGCCAGGAGCCCCAGACCCCCGUCCGCUCCGAGUGGCCCAGCGACACCCCCGUGCUCUGCCAGCCAAGCGGGGGGAAGCCGGGGGUCACUUUCACCAGCGCCAAGGGAGAGGUCUUCUCAGUGCUGGAAUGGGCUCCAGAUAGUCACGCUUUUAAGAAAAUGGAAUUCCAGCCAGCAGAGGCUAAGAAAUUCUUUAGCACAGUGAGAAAGGAGAUGGCACUCCUAGCAACAUCUCUUCCCGACGGCAUCAUGGUCAAAACUUUUGAAAGCAGAAUGGACCUCUUUGCAGCGCUGAUUAAAGGGCCGACGCGCACCCCGUACGAGGGUGGGGUAUUCCUGUUUGAUAUCCAGCUGCCAAACAUCUACCCUGCAGUCCCUCCACUGUUUCGGUACCUGUCCCAGUGCAGCGGCCGGCUCAACCCCAACCUGUACGACAACGGCAAGGUGUGCGUCAGCCUGCUGGGCACCUGGAUCGGGAAGGGAACGGAGAGAUGGACGAGCAAAUCCAGCCUCCUUCAAGUGCUGAUCUCUAUACAAGGGCUGAUCCUGGUCAAUGAGCCGUACUACAACGAGGCUGGCUUCGAUAGCGACAGGGGUCUGCAGGAGGGCUACGAGAACAGCCGCUGCUACAACGAGAUGGCCCUGAUCAAGAUGGUCCAGUCCAUGACCCAGCUGCUGCAGAGGCCGGUGGAGGUCUUCCAGCAGGAGAUCAGAGAGCACUUCUCCGCCAGUGGUUGGCGGCUGGUGCACCGCAUCGAGACCUGGCUGGAGCUCAACGAGCUGGCCGAGCGGAGCCUAGGCCACAGGGAGUGCAGCAGGACCCCGGAGCCCGGGGACGAGCUCUCUGCACCCGCUGCCUGCUCAGAGGCCAAGGAAGAGGAGCUGGAGGACUCCGGCCUGGGAGCCUGUACCACCUCCCCCCAGGAGACCAGCCAGCAUUUGGACUCGGAGGGUGCCGGCCCGGCCAGGGCAGCGGAGGGUGGGGCUGCAGCGGCAGGACCGGGGGAGCUGAGGAUGUCCCAGGACUCUGCAGGGGGCCAGCCCAGCGUCAAACCAAAGAAGAGGAGAAAGAGCUACCGGAGCUUCCUGCCGGAGAAGCGAGGAUAUCCAGACAUCGGCUUCCCUCUCUUCCCACUCUCCAAAGGAUUUAUUAAGAGCAUCAGCGGGGUCCUGCAGCACUACCGUGCUGCCUUGGCUGCUGCUGGGAUACCAGAGAGGAGAGAAGACAAAUAAGAAUGGGCGUCUGACCUCUGCACUCUCCCUUCCCUACCUGCCCCACAACCAACCCCACCCCAAUACAACUGCCUCCUUUCAUCCCUCUGCCUCCCCUUUGUUAAAUCAGUGUUCUCCAGCAGUCAGGGUUAUACACACCAGGGACCCACCCACCAGCCCAGGCUCAAAUUCCCAUUAAGUAUAACAUGCAGUACAAGCUGCAAAAGAUUUUAAUCAGAUUGUUUUUAUGCUCUUGCUAGAGUUAUAAGAAAUACAGUUAAAAAAGCAGGCCUGAUUUACACAAGCCCCUGAAGCUUGGAGAGGUAGAGGGGUCCCCAUUAUAAAGCACACUGAAGAACACUGAUAGUGCCAAGACUGUUACUCGCAUCUGUAUGCUCACAAGCAUUCUCCAAACUGAGUAUCAGAGUUGGGGUUGGAGGGUGGUGAUCUUAAUCUAAUUUAAAAACAAUAUAGUAAUAUAUCUAAAAGGGUUUGCACAAAAAAAAAAGCUGUCAAUGCAAAGUCUUUAAUGAUAUUAAAAAAAAUAAUACAAAAUUAGAAGUGUCAAAUAAAAACAUUUAAUUAAUGUCUUGAUUCUGUUUGGGUCCUGAAUUGUGGUCGGGUCCUGAACCAGGUACAAGUGAGCUUAAAGGUGUUAUGAUUAUUAUUAUGAUGAUGAUAGUUAUUAUUAAUGUAUAGCUGUGUUCCAUAGCAGUCCUGUGCUACACACAGCACAGCCAAUUCCAAACCAUGGAGAAUUCAGUAAUUGCAUUUGUGUUUCUAAAACCAAACCAUUGUCCUGAACAAAAAGAACGAUGGGAGCUGAAACUGUCCUUUUGUUGUUUCAAACCGCUUUGAACCGCUAGUGCAGUGAGCAAGCAGGCAUGGUGAGAAUAGACAGCUGUGUGCAAACAUCCUGCAGGAGAUGGACUAUACUGGGAAACCUUGACAGGAACAGCAAGAAAACACUUGUGUGUGUGUGUGUGUGAAGAGUUUAGUUGUGAAAAGAUCUGAACUCUCCCUAACUGGCUCAAUAAACUUAGAUUCCAUUAAAAAACAUAGUAAUAAUAAUUGGGUGCAUUGGUGUGCAUUCUGCUGAGGAUGGAUUUAUUUAUUUUUAAUCUAAUCUACUGGAUUGAUAACCUCAGCCCAGCCUUUCUGCUGUUUGUAGCUCUUGGCGCGGGGGCAAAGUGUUUGGAUUGCAGGUGCACUCAGUACUUUCUCAGUUUGAUGGUUAGGGGAGGUGCUGGGGUUUACACCUCGUGCAGGAUCUCCAUUAGCAUGCAUAAUCACUAACAAGGCGUUGGGAUCCUCAUCUGCUGCUGCUUUCAAGGAAUAAGCCUCUUUCUGUAAGCUUCAGGGUGUGUUCAGUAGCAACCAGAAAAAAAUAACCUUCAUUUGGCGAAUGGUGGGCAGUAUCUUCCCUGGGCAGGAUCUGAACACAAUUGGCAUCAUGGCUGGUGCAUCCUACCAGCCGAGCCAGUGGCUACAGUGCAUCCAGCCUGUUUAUUAAUCUGGGUAGCACAACCUGGCAUGAAUCAAAAGGGUACCUACCACAUCUGUUGUGUACUUUAUAUUAGCAGAAUGGUUUGGAGUGUGUGUGUGUCUUAUAUAUAUAUAUAAUUACACACACACACAGUGUGUGCUGUCCUGGGUAUUUUACCUUUUAAACAAGAUGACCAAAAUAGAUCCUCUAUCUAUAUGUGCAUGCUCUCUCAAUAUCUCAUCUGAAAUGAAUCGAUCUGAUAUCAGUUACAUAAGCUUGAAAACAGGGAUGAAACGGUGCAGGUUUACAGGCUUGGCAGUCAGUUUAUUAACCUCGGGAGAGCCUGUUUGGGAAAUGAUGCCGCCUCACAUUUCCCGUUUCGGAGCUGGAAAAGGGGGGGAUCGAAGCACAAGGAGCCGUCUUGCCCAGUCCAGCAUGAACAUCGCUUCCACAGUAAUAUCCAGCUGUUGUAGCAGAGGGGGUGGGCGGGGUUUAUUUCUUAAAGAAGUGAAUUAAAAAGUAUCAGGACUUUUAUUGGACUGACACAAACAAGCGUUUAAAAAAAAAAGGAGACCCGUUUUCUAUUCACACCUUAGAGGGGAUUCUUCACUUUUGACAGUUGAAAUGCUGGGAGUUGUAAUGUGCUCAGUUCAAUAAGAGUAUGUAGUUUUUUUUUUUUUUAUUGCAUUAGUGUCUGACUGGGCCAGCGAUCUUUCUUCAAAUGCGAUGUUGUAUUUGUCUGAUCUUAUUUGCUGCCUGUAAGCCUGGGAUUUAUUUAUUUAUUUGUUCUUCAUUUUGGCUGCUAUGUUUUUUUGUUUUGUUUUUGUUAUUGCAGCUCCAGAUUGUUUCUGUAGACAAUGUGAAGCUAGAUCUGAAAAGAAUCAAAGCACACAAAGCUAUGUAAUAUUCCUUGUGUAUGUGGAUAAUAUGUAAAAAUAAGCAUAAUUUAAAGGUACAACCAAAGCAUGAAACUUGUUGCUUCGAGCCUUAGAAAUGGCGACGCAGACAAAAGGACUGUAUGCUGUAAACGUUUUGCACAGCGGCCGGUUAGGGUACCAAAUUAAAAUAGAGUUUGUAGCCUGAUUCCUCUGUACAGCAGUCAGAAUUAUACAAGAAAAGUACAAAAAAAAAAUGUUGACGUGAUAAUGUGAAGGCUUGAGUAUUCUUUAUGUAUAAAUUGCUGUGUGUUUUGUUAUUUCUUUUUUUUUUUUUUUUUACAUGCCAAUGAUUUUGGUUGCAUUACAGAACAUGUAUAAAAAAAAAAAAAAAAAAAAAAAAGGCGAUACAUUAAAUUGUACUGUGCAAGCAGAAGCAUGGCAGCCAGGUGUUCCUUUCUUUUAAAUGACAAAAUAAUAAAGAACAUGCAAGAAACAAAUAAAUAAACUCAACCGUUUACGCACAGCCGGAGCAGGCAGUUCCUCCAGCCUUCAAGUGUUUUAGAUGUCUUUUCAACAAUGACUUCCACAGUUUCAUUGUAAACGUGCAGCGUUUGGCACAAGGGUAACGCUGCUGCAGUUCUGCAGCUAUCAUUGCCACAGGACUCCUUUGUAAAGAAGGCAGUUCUCUGGAAUCAGUAAAUGCUCUGCUAAAAUGAAAGCUAGUUAUUAUGCAGUCCUUGUGUAAAAUAUUAUACAGCCUAGAACUGUAUUUGAACUAUUACCUUUAAACUUAUUCUGGUAAAUAAAGGAUAAUAAAUGGAUAAACCGA